GGAGAGCAUUUAUACCACACUGAGCAGAGCGCUCUAGUAGUUGGAAGGAGUACAUCAUUAUAUCAACUGUGUCUUGAAGUCCUACCGACGUCCAUCUACAGCAAGAAUGAAAUUCUCAUUGUGCUGUUUCGUCGUUGCGGUUCUCGUGUGCGGUGUUAUGUCGCGCGACAUCAAGAUGAAGUGUACACCUGACUACAUGGAGGCAAUGCUCGACAAGAAACAGGUGGGAAGCCUUGACACAACCGAACUACAUCUGGAGGACGAAAACUGUAAAUCAACCAGAGAAACUGACGACUUCAUUAUCUUCCGUGCACCACUGGAUAGCUGUGGCACGAGCCAUAACGUCAGUGACGAUGGUAAAUACCUGGUGUACUAUAACUCUAUCACCGGCGAUCUCACCAAGCCAAACGACAGUUCUCUCAUCACCCGUGAACAUGAAGCAGUCAUGCCCUUCCAGUGCUCAUACGAAAGGAAAGUUGUAUUAAGUGUUAACGCGUUUACACCAAAACGUGCUAUGGUCUUCACAAGAACUGCGUCRUUUGGUAACUUUACCUUUACGAUGGAUAUGUAYAGAAAUGAGGAAUAUGAAGAGGCAUAUGGUGACGAUGAUUAUCCCAUCGACAUUGGUAUUGGACAACCCAUGUAUCUGGAAGUCGCUGUCGAAAGUCACCAAAAUAAUUCCGCAUUGUCUGUAAUUCCAAUUAUGUGUAAAGCCACUCCAACCAAGGGUUACGAUGACAAGCCGCAGUAUGUUUUCAUCAAUGAAAGCUGUGCCAUGGACAAAACUAUGAAGUAUGACUUCAAAGAGGCUAACAAACAAAGAUGGAGUAUGGCGUCCUUCAGGUUUCUUCCUGACUWCAAGAAUGUCUAUUUGCAUUGCAAGGUGACCGCUUGUCCUAAGGGAGACUCCAACUCGCGCUGUGCCAUGGGAUGCAARAACGACAAAUCGAGACGUCGUCGUCGUCGUGAAGCACCAACUCGAGACAUCGAGUUCGACUUGGCACUUGGACCAAUUAGUCAGUCGGAUAAACAACAGCGUUCGAUGGGCCGUCCAAAAGCUGCUUCAACAGGCAUGAUCACCAUGGUAACCAUCAUYGCUGGUGUUCUAGGCGUGGUCGCCCUUGCUUURAUCAUCAUUGUUGCUAUAGUUUURAAGCGUAAACAAGCGCCACCAAAACCCCAAAAGUUGCUCGUCAACGGCGAAGCAUAGACGUCCUUCGUACGCUUUAUUUUUUCAGUUUUCAUAGUUGUAAACAUCCUCGGGAACCCAUAGGCUGCCGAGGAUGCGUUGUAAACGAAUUGAUAGCGACGUACCUAGAUAGUGAUUAUUUUGGAUAAAAACAAUGGGUUCUUUGUAACGCUUUGAAAGUUGAUCUAAUUUAGUCGGUUUGAAUUGUUUCUUCGCUUGUUAAAGGAACUUGCUUGAUCUCUUUAAAAGCCAGAUGCUUUACGAUCUUAUUUGCCAAGUUAGGAUGAAUAAUCUUUGUCUUGCCUACAAAUUAGAGCGUAUAUAAAAUCACAAGCAGUUAUAAUAUUCAAGUGGAAUGAAGCAAUAUGAUUUGAUCAUAUUUAGGUUUUUUGAUGAAGACUUUUUUAACUUAACUAGUAGCUAGGUUUAUAUCAAUGUUUAGAAAUUUGUUAUACUAACAAAAAUGGAAGAUUGACGUGUAUGAAUACAAUUUGUUGUACAAAUAAACGUCUUUUCGWYUCAG